GGACGGUGGCAGCUGGCGGAGAAGUCGCACAGCUGUCCCGUGUGCGGGCGAGAGGGUCGUGCUACCCUCGCUGAAUUGUGCUGAGAUGACCCGCUGACCGCGGCCAUGCAGCCUUGACGGGGUCGCUCAGGCGCGCCGGGGACGAGUCACGGGGCUCGCCCUCUCCGGAAGGGGCACUGGGGCUCAGGCAGCGGCACGUAACCUCUGCCUCUCCAGGCCAGCGGGGAGCGAAGCUAUUUGCCAUGGAACCCGUGACCAAGUGGAGCCCCAAACAAGUGGUGGACUGGACUAGAGGUUUGGAUGACUGCCUGCAGCAGUACGUCUACAAGUUCGAGCGGGAGAAGAUCAAUGGAGAGCAGCUGCUGCAGAUCUCCCACCAGGACCUGGAGGAGCUGGGGGUCACUCGAAUCGGACACCAGGAACUUGUGUUGGAGGCUGUUGACCUUCUCUGUGCACUGAAUUAUGGUCUUGAAACGGAUAACAUGAAGAACUUGGUUCUGAAAUUGCGAGCGUCUUCCCACAAUUUACAGAACUACAUCGGUAGCCGGCGGAAAAGUCCAGCGUAUGAUGGGAGCACCUCCCGCAAGCCUCACAAUGAGUUCCUGACUUCUGUGGUGGAGCUCAUUGGUGCUGCCAAGGCCUUGCUGGCUUGGCUGGACCGAGCUCCAUUUACUGGCAUCACUGAUUUCUCAGUGAUAAAGAAUAAAAUCAUUCAGCUUUGCUUGGACCUGACCACUACAGUCCAGAAGGAUUGCCUUGUAGCAGAAAUGGAGGAUAAAGUGUUAACUGUAGUCAAGGUUUUGAAUGGCAUCUGUGACAAAACAAUCCGAUCGACCUCGGAUCCUGUUAUGAGCCAGUGCGCGUGCCUGGAGGAAGUUCACUUACCCAAUGUUAAACCUGGGGAAGGUCUGGGCAUGUACAUCAAAUCAACCUAUGAUGGAUUGCACGUGAUUACUGGAACCACAGAAAAUUCUCCUGCAGACAAAUCUCAGAAGAUUCAUGCUGGGGAUGAAGUCAUUCAAGUUAAUCGGCAAACAGUGGUGGGGUGGCAGCUGAAAAAUCUGGUGAGAAAAUUGAGAGAGAAUCCCACAGGAGUUGUGCUACUGCUGAAGAAACGCCCCACGGGUUCUUUCAACUUUACUCCUGCUCCCCUGAAAAACCUACGGUGGAAGCCGCCUCUUGUGCAGACCUCACCUCCUCCCACGACCACUCAGUCUCCUGAAAGCACCAUGGAUACCUCGCUGAAGAAGGAGAAGCCAGCCAUCCUGGACCUGUACAUUCCUCCUCCGCCGGCUGUUCCCUACUCUCCCCGGGAUGAGAAUGGGAGUUUCGUUUAUGGAGGAUUCAGUAAGUGUAAACAACCACUGCCUGGUGCUAAGGGUUCAGAGUCCCCAAACUCCUUCCUGGACCAGGAGAGCCGAAGGCGAAGAUCUACCAUGGUUGAUUCUUAUCAAUUGCCUGGGUAUUCGGUGGAAACCAGUGUUCUGCCCACAAAAAUGAGAGAGAAAACACCAUCGUAUGGCAAACCCAGGCCUUUGUCCAUGCCUGCUGAUGGGAACUGGAUGGGGAUCGUGGACCCUUUUGCCAGACCUCGAGGUCAUGGGAGGAAAGGGGAAGACGCCCUUUGCCGGUAUUUCAGUAAUGAACGGAUCCCUCCCAUCAUUGAAGAGAGCCCCUCUCCCCAGUACCGGUUCUCCAGACCCACCACUGAGCGGCACUUGGUCCGAGGUGCAGACUACAUCCGGGGGAGCAGGUGCUACAUCAACUCGGAUCUCCACAGCAGUGCCACGAUUCCAUUCCAGGAGGAAGGGACCAAAAAGAAAUCUGUCUCGUCAACCACGAAGGCCUCCUCCACAGAGCCCUCCCUCCUGGUCAGCUGGUUUACCCGCCUGAAACUUUUGACUCACUGAGAGCGCCUCCAUCCCCUGCCCGCUCCUCCCGCCAAGUGCCUUCCUCCUCCUUCAGUGGACAUCGCUCCGAUUUCACCCACAGUGUUAUGUGGUGACCUUAGGUCACGUUUUUCUUUUCUCUUUUUCUUUCUUGGAAAGUUGUAUGCUACCCCUCUUGGAAUCCUGAAGUAAGUGGAUGGAACAACUCUGGAGCAUCCUAGAUGCUGGCUCAUGGAGAGAGGGGUAGGCCAUGGGUAUCUGAUUGUCUUCCUCUCCAGUCAGAACAUGGAGACCUGCUCUGUCAGUAAGAGUCCUGGCCAGAAUGCGGUCAUUAUGAGGAACUGGCGGCAUUGUUUGCCUUUUUCGUCUUUGAAAGGGGGGACUAAAAUCAGGGGCUGUUGUCAUGCAGGUGUGUUGGUUGGUGGUGCAACUUCCUUACCUGAAAAAGCCAGUGGAGAAAACAUUUUUGUUUGAUUUUUAAAGCUACCAUAUUUGUCAGUGUAGCAGCUUUGACUUUGAAAUAGCACGUGACAAGUGUCCAAAGCUCUCAAGUGUAAGUCUGUUACACUUGGUGAAUCCCCACUUUCAUAACAAUCUCACUAUAGGUCAGUUAACACAGAAGUACAUGAACACCUUUUUGAUAGGGCUUAUUACAAACAAAGUUUAUGGUUAUUUGUGAGGGGUGUUGUCAUAUAUUGUUGUCUAUAAGGGAAGGAAGCUGUAAGAUUUGCUCAAAGCCAAAGUAUCAUUCCGAAAAGUGAAGCAACAAUUUAGGUUUAUGAGAUACAUCAAUUUGCAUUUUUACUGUUCAAUGUCUAUCUUCCAGAAAAGAAUGUGUACUUCUUCAAAACUGUGCAUAUUUUGCUAAUUAGAAAUAUCUUGAGACACCUCAUGGUCACUCAUUUUCAACUAGCAUCAGGUAUUUUGAAAAAGUGUGUCUGGAUAGUGACUCUUGUUUAAACUGAAUGUAUGAUAUUUUGUUAGUUUGGAAAAAUACUAUCUUGUUAAUUUAAGUGUUUUAAAUAUAGUUGUAUAUUUUUCUUACUCUUAGUAAUAUGUAAUUGAAAUAUUUCUGUUCUGGGUCAUACAGAAAACUGAUGACUGAGAGCAUUUGAGGUGUUUUCAAAUUCAUGAAUGACCACCAUGGCUGUUGACAUGGCUGUUUGGUGAGCACUGUUGUUGAAAAAUAAAAUAAACCCUCUCAGGCA